GUAGUUUAAGCCUAACUUCACUGAUUUGCACAACCAUUUAAUUUAUUUACAGGUUAUGAUCAUCGUUAUGGGUUAUGGAUGAGGACAACCCUGAAGAUUACGUAUUGCAGUACUAUACUGUGGUAGGUGAUCAAAACAUAUUUUUGCAAAAAGCCCAUCAUGAUGAAGUUGCUCAAUAUGAUGAAGAUGAAUUGCAAGAAGAGGAAGAAAAUCCAGUAAUGUACAUUACUGUAAACGAAGAAAACGAGGAAGAAGUUGAAAAUACAGCACGGUGUGAUUCAAAUGCACUUUUAAGUGUUAGCGAUCCAUUAGGUGUAAUUUACCCUACUGUUUCAAACAUGUUUGUUACUACAGAAGAUGGUCAGAUUUAUCUAACGCAAAACGUUCUAACAGAUAGUAGUUUAAUUCCUUGUCAGUCAGAUGAAGUUCCUGAUUGUGAAAUUCAGGAGAAUGAUGAUGAGCAACUGGAUAGAGAGUUUACUACUGAUUUUCAAGAUGAUAACAGUGCUGAUAUUUGUCAGGAAACCAAUUACCAGGAAAUUCAGUUAGAAGAUGGGACCUGUGCAAUUAUUGAUUCUGACCUAUUGAAGUCUAUAAUUGAAAAGUCUAACAACUUUGCAGUAAAUAGAAAUACACAUGUUGCUACAACUGAAGAGCCAAAAACAAAAAAAUGGUCAAAGAAAUGGGUUUGUGAAUAUGUGGGCUGUGGAAAAGUAUAUAGUACUUCACAUCACCUUUCAGUUCAUAAGCGUGUUCACACUGGUAACAGGCCCUUUAAAUGUACCCACUGUGUGAAGACUUUUACUACAGGAUAUUCCCUCAAGUCUCAUUUACGAAUACACACAGGGGAGAAGCCGUACCCUUGUAAAGUUUGCCCAAAACAGUUCAAAACAUCAGGAGAUCUACAAAAACAUAACAGAAUUCAUACUGGUGAAAAACCCUUUAUGUGCCCUAUAGAGGGUUGUGGGAAAUCAUUUACAACUUCCAACAUUCGUAAGGUUCACAUAAGGUCCCAUACAGGAGAAAGACCUUAUGUUUGUUCAACAUGCAAGAAGGGAUUUUCUUCUGCAACGAAUCACAAGAAUCAUAUUCGAAUACAUUCAGGAGAGAAGCCCUACGUUUGCAACGUUAUAGGCUGUGGCAAAAGAUUUACCGAGUAUUCUUCCCUCUAUAAGCACAAUUAUGUUCAUCAGCAAACGAGACCUUUUAAUUGUUCAUAUUGUUCUAUGUCCUUUAAACAGGAGUCAUCUUUGAAAACGCAUAAAAUUGGUGAACACGACGUGGUUUUUGGAGACGAUGGUAGUGAAAUGAUUUAUUCUAAGUAUGGACUCACUUUAAAAUUUGAACCUAAAAAUGAAGCUAACGAGAAUGAAGAUGAAGAUGAUAUAGAUGUUUUUUAAUUAAUGUCUUAAUUUAAUUUAAUAUAAUAAUUUUAAUUUCCUCAAGCCCUCAAAAUCUCUUUUUAAUAAAAUAU